AUGGCAGUUACAAAGUUUUGGUUAGGGGAAGGAUUCAUUGAACAAGGUGCCUCCUCGCAGGUUAUGCCAAGAGUCAUUGAAUUGCUCCACCAAGCAGUUAGUCUGCACACAACUCAACCCCCUUCAAAAGUUUCCUCAUUCAGCUGGACUCCAACAGAAAAGGCGAUCAUUUGUUGGGCCAUCCAAGAGAUGGGCAUGAAUACUCAGGAACUAAAGGAAACCUGCAGCAUUGUACACGACAAAGCAUUUGAUUCAGUCAAGACACGUGGUGGGUUUUUGAUGAAGAAGAAUGAUGAUAACACAAUCCACGUGCAUUGGAAAGGGGCACCAGAGGCUAUACUAGCCAUGUGUUCGCAAUAUUAUGACACAACAGGGAUUGUCAAAGCCAUUGAUUAUGAUACAAGGGAGAAAUUGAAUCACAUAGCUCAAGCAAUGGCAAUUGAUGGACUUCAAUGCAUUGCUUUUGCACAUAAAAAAAGUUGCAUAGAUCUUUAUGAAAACAGAAUAUCCUGUCAAAUGCUAGAAGAUGACUGCUUGACUUUCAUAGGAUUAGUUGGUGUAAAGGAUCCGUGCCAACCUGGGGUUGGAAAAGCUGUAGAAGAUUGCCAAUCUGCUGGAGUGAACAUCAAAAUGAUAACAACAGAAGAAGCUUUAAUUGCAAGAGCAAUAGCAACUGAAUGUGGCACACUCAAGCCCGAACGGAGCAUGGAUAGUGAAGUAGUAGAAGGUGCAGAAUUUCAAAAUUACACGGAAGAGGAGAGAAUGGCAAAGGUUGAUAAAAUCUGCGUGAUGGCAAGUGCCUCUUCUUCUGACAUGCUUCUACUGGUGCAAUGUCUUAGAAAAAAAGGCCAUAUAGUGGCACUAAUUGGUACUGACACGGUGGAUGCAGCAGCUUUGAGGGAAGCUGAUGUAGGCAUCUCAGUAGGGCUUCAGGCCACUGAUGUAGCCAAAGAGAGCUCUGACAUAGCCAUAUUGGAUGGUGAUUUUGUUUCUGUUGUCAAAGUUUUGAAAUGGGGGAGAGCUGCGUUUAACCAUAUCCAGAUAUUUGCUUGGUUCCAGCUCACAGUAAGCAUUACUUCACUAGUGAUUGACUUUGUGACAGCAGUCUCAGCUAGUGAGCCACCGACCAUCAAAAUUGUAGCAUCCAUCUCAUCUGGAGAAAUCCCAUUUGCAGCACUACAAGUUUUGUGGGUCAAGUUGAUCAUUGGUACAUUGGCUGCUUUGGCUCUUGCUAUUGGGAAACCAUCUAAGGAGCUCAUGAAGUGUCAAGUGGAUGGAAAACCUCUUAUAACCAACAUCAUGUGGAGAAACAUAUUAGCCCAAGCUAUUUACCACAUAGCUAUCCUAUUGACCAUACAGUUCAAGGGCAGAGCAAUUUUCAGUGUGGAUGACAAAGUAAAGGACACUCAGAUGUUCAAUACUUUUGUUCUUUGUCAAGUUUUUAAUAAAUUCAAUGCAAGAGAGCUAAAGAAGAAGAAUAUCUUUAGAAGGAUACAUAGGAACAAAUUGUUUAUAAGCAUCAUAGGGGUAAUAAUUAUUCUUCAAGUCGUGAUAGUGGAAUUUCUAAAGAGGUUUGCAGGUACAAAAAGGCUGAAUUGGGGGCAAUGGGGUGCUAGCAUUGGAAUCGCAGCUAUGUCAUGGCCAGUUGCUUGGUAUGUGAAUUGGAUAACCAUCCCAAACAAAUCAUUUUGUCCUAUCUAA